AUGCUCUUAUGUGACGAGGCCAUCGACGACAAGGAAUUUGAGAGGAUCUGCGCCGAGGUGGCCUCGACUAUGACAAUUCAUAUAGACUUCGUGUCUCUAUUGCAUCUCAUAGCGAAUUCAAAGAAUGCCCGCGCAGUCGUUGUGACAUGUGGCAUCCGUCGAAUCUGGGAUAUGAUCCUUGAACGAGAGCGUCUUACAGACACCGUGGAGGUCAUUGGUGGCGGACGCCUUGUCGAUGGCUUUGUUGUCACGCCUGUUGUCAAGAUGGUCGUCGUGAAUCGUCUACGCAGCUUCCAUUGUGCCCGGGUUUGGGGUUUCGGCGACAGCCCGCUGGAUCUCGACAUGCUCCAAAUGGCGAAUGGCGAACGAGGCUAUCGUCGUGACUGGCAACAAGGACACCCGCAGCCGGAGCAUGGAUAUGAUGCUCGAGAUGCUCUUGACAAUCAGGGGUUUCGGCCAUUCGGCCACGACAGGCAUCGGUUGCCUCUCGUGGACAUUACCGCACCAAACUUCGUCGCCACGAUUCUUGGCCAGGAAAAACAGGAUCCUGUUCGGGUCAUUCAUGCCACAAAGCGAGCAGCAGUCAAACUGCUAUCAACACCAAUGAGGAACAAAAGCCUCCCAGACCCGACACUCCACAAGACCUAUCAAGACGCCGAAUGGUAUCUCGGCAUAGAGCUGCUCGCCGAUCUCAUCGGGUUCAAAACCUUUCAAUCCCACACGCCCAAGGCUAUUUCACAGACGGAUACCGACUCUUCCACGAAAAAGAGACAUUGGUCGUGGGCGUCAUGCGCAGCGGCGAGCCGCUCGCCCUGGGCAUAA